CAAUUUCGUUAAGUUAUUAGGUGUGUACAAAGCGAAUGUUAAAAGCAAAGAGCAAUGUUAAUAAAUAAAAUCGAAUUGGUUUAGUUGAAAAAUCGGAAAAAAUUGUGCACAAAUUGUUUAUUGUUUCAACGAAGGCAUUUGCAACCUUGAAUGAAUGUGUUGCAACUAAUUAAAGCUCUUAAUUGGGGUCGAUUUUGAUUGUCUCCUCAAUGAACAGUGUUUUAACAGCAGCAAUUAGCAAAUAGCUGCACGAAGGUCUAAGCUGCAUCUGAAUGUUUUUGGGGCCUUUGCUCACCUUUACAUGAAUGUGUUUCGCUAAUACUAUUGUGGAGGCACAUAGAAAAUUGUUCGUUUCGCCGACUGGAGGUGGCAGUCUAAUUACGGGCACCCAUAAUAGAAGCUACAUCGAAAGAAAGGAAGAAUCGGUCAGUAAUACAGUACCAAAAAUGUCGCGUACCAAAUCGCGCAUUCAAGUCGAAAUAUGCGGGGAUUGCGGAGCCACAGAUCCAUCGUGGGCCUCUAUAAACCGCGGUAUUUUGCUUUGUUCGGACUGCUGCUCCAUACAUCGUAGCCUGGGCCGGCACAUAUCCAUGGUAAAGUCGCUCCGCCAAGGAACAUGGGAGCCGUCUGUUUUGAAUUUCGUCAACUCUCUAAACGCACAUGGUGCAAAUAGCGUUUGGGAACAUCAUCUUCUUGAUACUAACUCUUCAAAAGCUGACAAGGGCGUACCACGUGUUCGAAAGCCUAAUCCAAAAGAUCCCUUGCAUCCAAUAAAAUUAGAUUUUAUUAAGUCUAAGCACCUAAAUUUGGUAUUCGCUUUGAAAUCGAAUCUUCAAGAGGAAGGUGUUAUUUCUGGCAUAAAUCUGGAAAAUGAACUUAGCAGACAACUACACGCAAGUGUUAGGACUAGCAAUUUAGAAACAUCUCUCCGCCUGAUUGUGCAAGGAGCCAAUCCAAACUUCUUUCAUGAAGAAAAGCGGUCAACGCCUCUGCAUGUAGCCGCUAAAUUUGGACAAGCGUCCCAAAUAGAAUUGCUUAUUGUCUAUGGAGCAGAUAUUAAUGCAAUCGAUGGAAAUGGUCUAACUCCACUUGAAGUUGCCAAAGCCAACAAUCAUAAUAUCAUAGCAGAGAGACUUUUGGAUGCAAUGUACGAAGUGACAGAUCGAAUAAUAAUGUUUUUGGGUGGAAAGAAACCAGACCAUUCGUCAGGUGGCCAUUUGAUUAUCCCGGAAACUGCUAACACUGAAUUGAGCGAACAGCUUACCAUUGCCAGGAACCGUUUACAAGUGGUUCCAAAUAAAAUGUUCGAAGAGUUGGUUAUGGACUUAUACGACGAAGUCGACCGACGUGAAAAUGAAGCAAUUUGGGCCACUUCUAUGUUGAAUGCCGAUAACGCUGCAGUGCCGUUCUUGCCGGCAAAUCCAUUUUUAAGUGCCACUCGGAAUCAAGGCAGACAGAAACUAGCACGAUUUUCGCGAAAAGAAUUCGCUGGAUUAUUAACAGAUGUUUUGUACGAUGCACGCCGGCGACAAAAAAUAGCAAGUUUGCGACCACUCGAUGGACCCAAUAUUAAUUCUUUUUAUAAUCCAGCAUUGUUAACUGAAAAUGAAUUGGAUCUUUCUGAUGAUGAACCGAUUUACGAUCCUGUUGCAAGCGAUGACGACUAUGCCCCCGUGCAACCUGUGGCACAGCAGGCUAUUGUGCAUCAAACGCCCGAUGAGCCACAGCACGAAGUGCAGAACUUAUUGAGGCAGAUAAACGACUACAAAUAUGUGAUCAAUCAGCUCAAAUCUACUGUUGAAAAGCUAUCGUCUGAAAAUUCUGAGCUGAAGUCAAAGUUUUCGAAUGUUUCCCUGGUUUGUGCUAUUAAUGAAAACGUCGUUCAUCAAGACUCACUCCGAACCGACACAAAUGGAGUUGAAAAUGGACACGAAUCGCUUUCACCUUCUGAGGAUGUUGGUAGUGGCUCUGUACCUAUAGAUUCAAAUACUUCUAGUUCCUCCUCGGCUAACAGUUCAAACCAGUCGACCAUCAAACGUCCUGCAAGCAUGUAUGAGCGUCGUAUCGCACCACCUUUAUUCAAACCAAACGUUGAUUGUCGAACAACGACCAGUAUGUAUCAAAUGGCUGCUGAUAAGCCAUUUUCUGAAGAACUAAAACAUCGCACAGACCUGGUGACACGUCGUGUUAAAGAACUUGUUUCUAUAAUGCAAGAUUUGCCCACUAAUAAAGACGAUUUGAUGCCUUGCGGGGAAAGAGUACGCACUGCUGUCAUUGAACUGAUUUCAAUAUUUACUACACCGUCAAAUUACAAUGAAACGAUCAGAGAUAUGCUAAAAACAUUAACGCGUUAUAACAUUCUAAUACCCCAUGAAUGUGAAAACUUGCAGAAAUCGUAUACUUUGGAUGAUAAGUCAGCAAUUGAGAAGUACAAUCACGAAGUGCGCGAGUGUGCUUAUUACAUUGUGAGCGCAAUGAAAACUCUCGUCAUGCAAUUUGAAUGACCUGCAUAUUUCAAUGAUAAUACAUAUUUGUUCUUUUUGAUUGAGUUAUUCAUCCCCUUACUAAAGUUCUAGCCUUAAACAAAAAAAUUUGUUAGAUGUUAAUACUUACAAGAACCUUUAAAAAUAUUAA